ACUGAAGCGGAGUCGGCUGCUGGCACGCGCUCCUACUGAGGAGCUCGCGGAGAAAGUUUUCAUCGAGCCUCCGUUGUCCGGGUGCGCGUGCGUACUGCCCCAUUUCAACAACCCCGAGGUCCGAGCCUCUUCUAUCUCAAACGCUCCGAGUUUCAAUUUGGACCGCUGCGUCAUGUAGCCGUCUGACCGUCCUGCUGAUGCGAUUUGUGGAUAUUUUAAGUGGAUAAGCUUCGGUUAGGGAGGACAGGGGAGGGGAAAGCGCCUGGUUGAACUGGUGGAAGUUGGGGCAUCCGGUGACCGCUGGGGCGGACAGGCCACCAUGCUCCGGCCAUGGGCUGCGCACUGGGUCAUGUUUGCACUGGUGUGUCGGGUUGUCGCUCAGUACUCGAGCGACCUGUGCAGCUGGAGAGGAAGUGGUUUGAGCCAUGAAACUCAUCGCAGAGAUGUGGAGCAGGUCUAUCUUCGCUGCUCUCAGGGGUCUCUGGAGUGGCUCUACCCCACUGGGGCCAUCAUCAUCAACCUGCGACCAAACACUGAGCCUUCAUCGGGACGCAUGGCUGACGUACAUGCGUGCAUCAAGCCUCAAACCUUCUCCCAGGGUUCUCAUGUGUACCUGGAGCACAGAGGAGACCUGAGGCUGCUGCUUUCAGACAAGGACCAGGCUCAGGGAGAAGUGCGCUGUUUCAACAUGAAGGAGGGGGCUCUGUUUGUGGAGGCCAUCCCGCAGACAGACAUCAGCCGGAAGAUAACGGCUUUCCAGUAUGAACUGGUGCCCAGUCAGGGACCAGGAGCCCACAUGUACCCAUACCUGCGGCAGGGUUCAGUCACCUGCAAACCCUGCUCAGAUCAAGAGGUCCUCAUGGCUGUCUGCACAAGUGAUUUUGCUGGCAGUGGUAUCUUUCGAGAGGUCAUGCCAGGCACAAACCAGCACCUCGUGGUUGUGGUCACUCUGCAUCGGCUGUUCCACCAGAAGAGCGGCUUGUUUGUGUGGGGCGGAGCCAGAGGACGGGCUUGGAGUGGACGGGUUAACGUUCCCGCUCCAUGCAUUGUUCAUCCAGGAGAGCACGAGUACCUUCUGAUCGGCUCUGUCCACUUUGGUGAGGCAUGGCUUUCCUGUGCGCCUCGCUAUAAGGACUUCUUGAGGAUGUACGUUGAAGCAGUAAAUGCAGGAACAAACCCCUGCCACAUAGACACGAACUGAGAGAUUUCUUCAUGACUGGUGGAAGAAGAUUUACCAAAAAAUCCACGAGUUGAUCUGUUAAAAGAGAAAAGGGUAAAAAUAAUAAGAAGAUGGAUCAGUUUGUCUAAAACACCGAUGUCUGGGUUUUGUUGUUGAAAAGACUGAUUAUGCUGCCUGCCUACAUUUGACUAUUCUUGUAAAUUACAAGUGUAUUUCUGUACAGAAGUGGCAGCAAAGGAAUGAUUUCUGCAAACUGCACGUUGUGUCUUAAUAUUUGUUGUGAUGAUGGUGAUACUGCUCAUUCUAGAAAUGAAAGUUUGCUUUGUAAAAAGCUUUCUGUAAAUAUUCAUCUUCUGAGUGAAGUCAAUGGUAUGCAGCUCUGUGAGUCUAUAUGUACUGAAUUUGUGUGUGAUUGAGUUCAAAUGGCUUUUACAUAUUUCCAAAAAAAUAAAAUGUGAGUCUUUUUAUUAACAAACGGUAUAAGGUGUAUCAGUAUGUGGCUUUGUUAUUGCAGUAUAAUGAACAAAAUGGAAAGGGUGUACAAUGAAAUGCAAUAAAUUAAAGUAGGCUCCAUAUUGGAACCAACAGAGAACAAAACGUUACUGUCGUCUUUGACGACCUUAAUGAAUGCAAGCAAAAGAACAUUAUCCCGAAAGCUGUCCAGUAGAAAAACAUGAUAUAAGUUCUCACCAACCACUGGCAAGCAGGAGAGAUGGAGUGCGUCAGUGAUUUUGUCAUUAUGGAGCUACACUGCAGAGCCAACUGUGUUCAUUAUUUCUGUGUGAAAAAAGAAACAAAGAUAUUAUUUUAGCAAAAAAACUUAGCCCAUUCAAUAGCUAAAGUACAAUUAUUUUUCUCUGUAGUUUCAUGAAAGAUGCUCAAUACCAGCACAUCUUAAAAGUAACCAGAAGGACAAAAGAGCUUCUUUUAGCCACAUAAAUAAGAUGGGUGGUUACUUUGAUAUUUGAUAUGUUAAAGUGAAAGAGCAGGCGGAUGUAUGAAUUACUUUAGACGGGUGUUUGUACAUCUUUUCCUACCUCUGCUGUCAACAGCGGCGUAUGUAAUGCUUUCUCUCCUUCCUCAGGAAGUGCAGGAAUGGAAGGAAUGUCACUUUCCUGCUCUCGCUUUCUCUCCCACACAGACACAUGUUCUGGUGCUUGUUAUUGCUUGACUGCUGAUUGAUGUAAUACUGGCUGGCAAUUCCUGCCUUAAUCAUGAUUUUCCAAUCUUUAGUUGUAAGUCUUGUGAGUCUAAAGCCUAUAACAACGACUUAAAAACAAAACAGUUACCUGUUUGACCUAAGUUUGCAUUCUUUAAUAAAUGUUUUAAUAUGUGAAAUAAUACACAGAAAAUUGGCAACUGA